GUCUCGCCUCCACGCCACUCAUUGCCACUGCACAGCUUUCGCAGUUCUUCCCACAGCAUCGCCAGCCGUGUCAAGUGCACCACAGCAUCGCCAGCCGUGUCAAGUGCACCACAGCAUCGCCAGCCGUGUCAAGUGCACCACAUCAUCGCCAGCCGUGUCAAGUGCACCACAUCAUCGCCAGCCGUGUCAAGUGCACCACAUCAUCUCAAACCGUGUCAAGCGCACCACAUCAUCACCAGCCGUUUCAGGCGCACCACAUCAUCACCAGCCGUGUCAAGCGCACCACAGCGUCUGCAACCGUGCGCAGCUUCCCCAUGGCGGUGCGCCUCCAGUCGAACUUUGGCAGUGGUCUCCGGGAGGAGUGCACGUGCUCCGUGUGCCUGGACAUGUUCAUCACGCCCUGCACGCUGCCGUGCGGCCACAGCUUCUGCCGCUCGUGCAUCGAGACGCACUGGAGGGUGAACUGCGCGCGUGGUGGCUGCGACUGCCCGCAGUGCCGCCACGUGUUCCACAAGCGCCCCGCGCUGCAGACGAGCACCCCGCUGGCGAGCAUCAUAGCGCAGCUCGGCCAGCGAUGCCCGUUCCGCGCCGCCGACGCCCUCGCGUUCAUCUCGGCCGACCCGGCGCGCUCCUCCCCGCCGGCGCUCUCCUCCCUCUGCGGCCUGUGCACGAUGUCGCGCGUGCCGGCCGCCAAGGCGUGCCUCACCUGCGAGGUGUCCUUCUGCGGCGAGCACUUGCGCAUGCACGACGAGACGGCGGCGUUCACGCGCCAGCACCGGCUGCUCGAGCUGCCCGCGGCGGUGGCGUGCGGAGGAGGAGGAGGAGGAGGCGGCGGCGGCGGCGACGCGCGCGGUGCGCUGGGGGUCUGCGGACGGCACGGGCGGCCCCUGGAGUUCUUCUGCCGCUCGGACCUGGCGUGCGUGUGCGCGGCGUGCGUCAACGACGGCCUCUGCCAGGGACACGCGGUCGAGGAGCUGCAGCUGGCGGUCGGGGGGGCGCAGAUGGACCUAAAGCAGAAGAGACAAAAGCUGAAAAUCAAACAAAUGACGGUGUCCAAGAGCAAAAUUGAAUAUGAAAUAGCCACCAAAGAUAUUAUGGGUUCGUGCGUGUCCCUGAAGCUGGAGGUGGUGGACCGCUUUGGGCGGGCGCGCCGGGCACUGGACGAGCGCGAGCGGGCGGCCGUCAUCACCAUCGAGAUGGAGCAGAGCCGGCUGCUGGCGCUCGCCAACGACCGCCUGGCGCAGCUCGAGCAGCAGCUCGUGGCGCUGCGGGAAGCGGAGGAGCAGCUCAACGCGCAGGCGGCCAUGGGCGACGCGCUCGCCUUCAUGCAGGGUUACUCGUCUGCUUCGAAGAGGGCGGAAGCGCUGGUUGGACUGCCCAUGGAUGAGGGUCCCACGCUGCAGGUGGAGACGCCAGCCGUGACCAGCAUCAAGGCCUGGCUCGAGAGGCUCAUCCGCACCCUGGAUGGCAGCAAGGACGCAAACGCCAACCUCAAGCUCAUGUACGGGCAGCUCGUGACGCUCGACCCCGACACGGCGAGCACCAGCCUCCUCCUAUCCCAGGAUGGGCGCAUGGCGGCCACCAGCUCCCGCCGCCUCUCCUACCCCGAACGGCCCGAGCGCUUCGACCACUGGUGCCAGGUGAUGUGCCACCAGGCGUUCGCGAGCGGCCAGCGCUACUGGGCUGCGACCGUGAGCGGCGGGGACACAUGGCGCAUCGGCGUCGCUUACGGCUCCAUGGGUCGCAAGGGCAGCAGCGGCUCCAGCCUGCUGGGGCUGAACGGCGCGUCGUGGUGCCUCGCGCAGGCCCAGUGCGAGUGCGCUGCGUGGCACGACGAGAAACACGAGUCGGUGGUCGUGGCCGAGCCGCCGCGCACCGUCGGCGUCUUCCUGGACUACGGCGCCGGAGUGGUCACCUUCAUCGACGCGGACCGCAUGGCCGAGCUGUACACCUUCCGCGCAAAGUUCACGCAGCCGCUCUACCCCGCCUUCCAGCUCGGUGGCAAGACCACGCUCGUGAUCUGUCCCUGAGAGGCCGGCCCGACGUUGCACGCGGCGCUGCCGAACGCGCAAGCGUUGGAAAAUGCUCGCCAAACGUGAUUGGAACGUCGCGAGUAGACGCGGGGACACUCGUUGGUAUUGGUGGGGUUUUGCACAGCUUUGUCGCAAGAUGCCGUCCACGGGCUUGAUUGAGAUGAUGCGCAAGAGAAUGGAUGGUUGGUUAAUGUUCCGAAGUGAGAUGAUGGAUGGAAUUGUUUGUGUGUGAUGUUGGUGGCUUGAGACUUAAGUACUGUGAACGUGGGAAUUUUUUGACACCAUGAUUUCAAAGGUCAGCCAGGCGGCGAUAAUGGUCACACGUCUGGAAAAUGCCAAUAUACAGUGGUCUUCUAACGUAACAAAAGUUAUUUAUACAUAGUUGUAUGCUAUAUUCCAGGUUAGUAGUACUUUCUAAUAUAUUUACUCAUGUAAACGCACCUAUUGUCAGGAUGCUUGUAAUAAUUCACACUUUUUUAAAAGUAUAAGCCGGAGUGCAGGAUCUCCACAGGCGGGGGUUGAUGUGGGUAGUCAGGGCUGUAUGAUUUAAUAUUUUCCGACGUCCUCCAACUUCGCUCCGCCACAACCAACAGAGGGCGGAGAGUGGCAGGGACAUUUUUUUCCAGAGCUCAGCCCCAGGCAGCUCCGGCGCAAAAAAAUAACCCUGGGUAUGCACAGGUGGCUGGGGUAGACUCACACGCCUUAUGCAGUAACUAACAAAGUGCUUACAUGGCGUCAUAACGGUAUGCGGUUUUGUAUUUUUACAUUAAAUAUAACCUAAAUUAAAAUAUAUUAUUGAGUAAAUGUAUGCAUUGUUUGAACUGUAUGAUCUUGAAGUUUCUGUAUAAUGAGCAAUUGUGUAAUGCACUUAUCUACAAAUACCUUUGAAGCAACGUAAUAUGUUGCGUGCUUCAAGUGUCUAUUCCUAUAACAUCCACUCGUCUUCAGAUAUAACUCGUCUUUGACAUGCACUUAUUUCAGGACACUUUUCCAUAUUCUUUGUAAAGCAGACUUUUUUAAACGAGUGAAUCUCAUGCCCAAUGCGAACAUAUUUAACUGUUAAUACAGAAAGGCGGAAUCAACAUCACGUGCCUGGCACCUCCCCCACUUUUAUUACCAACCUAAAACCUUAUUUUAUUAUCAGGUAAAGCCCACUGAGCUUUAUAGCAAAAAAAAUUGAGAAGCGACACUGGCCACAAAUGAUAGCUCAACGAAAGUGGAUAAUCAACGUGGAAAUUUAUAGCAGUGAAACGUGGAGGGGAGAAAAAAAAAAACAGAGGACCCGGAGAAAAAUCGAAAAUAUGCAGGCGUCAGGUUCGGGGAUCGAAACCACGCGCUCCUGCAUGCGAGGGCGGUGACAUCUCGCCCCCGUCGCGCUCCCUUCCCAUCGUGUUUUAAAGCGACGGUCGGGGUGUGCGUCUUAUAAUCCGGGAGAUGUUUGCGUGACCAGAUUCGCCUUUGACAGGCGUCUUAUAAUCGGACGAAUGUGUUAUUGUCAAUGCGGUGGGUGCCCUGUGCUGCUGCAAUUUGGUGUAGCGUUGCUUCAGCAGCAAUAAUUUAAUUGAAAUAGAUGGGGAAGUUCGUGGAAUAAACCUUAGAAGAGAUUAAAUUAUCUUUCUCUGGAUGCGAACUCUAUGCCCGGUUGGUGAAAUUUGUAUUUACGCUUUAGGGUCAAAUUGUGAAUAGCUAUGACCAAUUAGUGGUGUAAAUCUUUUGCUGAGUAAUUUAACGGCACGUCGAUUGUAUGUUAUGUUCUGACAGGCGUCAUGGAUUUAAAAGUGCCAAUGAUAAUACUUUUGGCAGGCUUGUGUUGUGUGAAAUCCAGUUGAAUUCAGUUAAAACAUCUUUAUUCAUAUUUGAAGUACAUCAAAGCCCAUCGUGACGAUAUAAUUGUGAAAUUGAAUUACAAAAGGAUAAUCAUAUAUCGUGAAAACUUUUAUCGUUGAGCGAAAUCGGCGACAAAUCUUAAUGCAUUCGGUGACGCUGCAUUGGUGGUGGUACAAAUGCACAAAUAACAAACUCAACACGGUCGUCAAAUACAGUGGCCUUAAAAAGUAAAAAAAAUGUAACG